AUUUUAUUUAGAAUGUCUGACGGGGAGACAGAGAAGGAUGAAACCUUUAAUCUUCGCUCCUACAUUCAGGAAUUGACAAAAGUUUGCCGGCAGGAGUUCCAGGAGACGGAUAGUUUAGAGGAGAGGAUUAAGAUUGUGUGCAGCAAGGAGCUGAGUCUAGCUGUAGGAGAUUUGAUUAAUGAAGAAGGAGCCUGGCCAAGGAAGGACGAGGAACUUAGUAAAACCAACAGGGAGGAUGGGAACCGAGCAUAUAAUGAAGGAAGAUACGAGAUGUCGAUUCUACUCUACACAGAAGCAAUGAAAUAUGCCCCCUGUAACCCUAUACUACUGGAGGGGGAGGCACUAGCCUCUGCUGCAGCAAAUAGAUCAGCUGCAUUCUACCAAACCAAACAAUAUAAAGAGUGCAUAGAGGAUAUAGAGGUUGCCGUGUCUGCUGGGUAUCCCAAUAAUGGUCUGUACAAGCUGUACAUAAGGAAGUGUAAGUGUGAGCUAGAGCUGGGAAGAAUAGGACGGGCACAAACAGCGUUUAAUCUUGCUGUGGAGGCAAUUGAGUGGAGUGGGUUAAGGAAGGAUAUGCGAAGUGAUCUAACAGUUAACCUUCAGGAGGCGUUUAUAAACCUUGCUAAACAAGCUGAGGAGGACGGGUUCGUUUUCGAGAAUGAACCUGAUCUUGCACUUAGGGAGCGAGAAUUUGGUUUGGUUCCGGAGAAAUUCCAACUUCAAGAUCCUCAUCCCCUGCUCCCCGCGGCAUCUUGCGCCAUUAAAAUUAGAUACGAUGCCGGAGUCGGCCGCCAUGUUGUCGCCACGAGGGAUAUUUCACCCGGAGAGGUCAUCUUUGUUGAAAGACCGAUUGUUUCGACAAUUUGUGAUGAACAUUAUGAAAACAUUUGCAUAGUUUGUCUCCGAUACACAACUGCUCCUAUUCCUUGUCCAACUUGCAGCGAAGCCACAUUUUGCACUUCAAGUUGCCAACAGGAAGCGUUAAAAUCAUUCCACAAAUAUGAAUGUCGUCUUACGCAUGUUUUCCAGCAAACAGGGAUUAACAACCUUCCUCUCCUGCUCCUCGCAUUCCGGUCAAUUGCGCAGAAACCUAAAGAGUACUUCGUGGAAAACCAAGAAAAGUUUACCGUAUCUCAUCCAAAGUUCGGAGUAGAAGAGGAGUAUUUAAGUGAGGAUUAUGCCACAUUGUUCAACCUGUGUACACAUGGAGAUAGAAGAGAGGAGUAUGAUACAUUUACAAAAACAAUAUUUGCAUGUUUUCUACUCCGCUGCCUUCAGGGACAAUAUAUAUUGGUCAACUCAUUUUAA